CAGAACCUCCCUGUACGUGAUCAGCUCCUUCUUCUCUUUCACUUUCUGAUCAAACGACUUGGAGACAAAAGCUCUGUAAAAAUGGGACGUCGCUCAUCAGACACAGAAGAAGAGAAUCGAAGCAGAAGAAAAAAGAAGCACCGUAGGCGUUCAUCUUCAAGUAGUUCCUCAGACAGCAGAACAUACAGCCGUAAGAAAUCGGGAAGGAAGUCCAGGUCGAAUUCACGGUCUCGAGAUCUCCAGGCCCGUUCACAUUCUUAUGAGAAAAGACGCAGACACCGAUCUAGCAGUAGUUCUUCAUAUGGAUCAAGAAGAAAACGGAGUCGUAGUCGAUCAAGAGGCAGAGGCAAAUCCUACAGGUCUCAGAGAUCAAGAUCAAAGAGUAGAACAAGAAGGUCACGAUCAAGACCUCAUCAACGUUCCUACAGUCGAAGUAGUGAAAGAUCUAGCCAUAGAAGAACUCAUAGCAGGUCUCGUGAAAGAGAACGUCGCAAAGGCAGAGAUAAAGAAAAAAUGAGAGAGAAGGAGAGGGGCAGAGGGAAAGAGAAGGAAUUGUAUAGCUCCAAGCGUGGGGACUCUGGAAACAUCAAAGCUGGAUUAGAACAUCUGUCUCCUGCUGAACAGGCCAAAGCUAGAUUACAGCUUGUUCUUGAAGCAGCUGCUAAAGCUGAUGAAGCAUUAAAGGCUAAAGAGAAAAGUGAAGAAGCAGCAAAAAAGAGAAAGGAAGAAGACCAAGCCACCCUAGUAGAACAAGUAAAACGAGUAAAAGAAAUUGAAGCUAUUGAAAGCGACUCCUUUGUUCCACAGACAUUUAGAUCAAGUAAAGAAGUCAAAAAGUCAACAGAACCUGUUGAAUUAAAAUAUGAACCUGCAACUGUAGGAAUGGGAACUGCUGAUACGUCUAAUACUGAAAAAGAAAUAGCAACUAGCAGCAUUCCUACUGCCAUCAAGUACCAAGAUGACAACUCUUUAGCACAUCCAAAUCUAUUUAUUGAGAAAGCGGAAGCAGAGGAAAAGUGGUUCCAGAGGUUGAUUGCUCUUCGACAAGAAAGGUUGAUGGGCAGCCCAGUGGCUUGAACAACUUACAGUAAAUGUUAUACAGAAUUCUCCACGAAUGCUAAUAAACUCCUACCAUACACCUGUAGUUUUACUUUUUAAGAGAUGUUAAAUUCUGAAUAUGAGUUGUAAGAAGAAAAAAAUGAAAUGUUUCAUCUGAAUUAGAAAGAAAUCUGUUACUCUCACAUAUUACCUUCUGUUUAUUCAUUGAUGAGAUACUUGCGUUCAUUAUUUAGAACAAUUUAUAUAUAGGUAACACUUUAAAGGUGAAUGAAAAAGUGAGACUGUCAAAGACCAGACUUACUGUAUUGGACCAAAGGAGAAUAAAUUAUACCUCCCUAGGCCAUCAAAGCUUCUUGUACCCCAAGAGGAAUUCAGACCAAAAUUGGAAAAUUAUGUUGCCACUCUUGCCUUGCCUCCUGCUUUUUGCCAUACAUAGGCAGCUUUUAAAUCUGGAUCUCUACAAGCAUCCUGCCAGCAGAGGCUGCUAAAGGGAUGGGCUGAAUUAGUGCAUCCUACUAUCUACAUUUGCCUUAUCCUGGCUCCUUGAUAGUAUAUUCCACCUCUGCUGGAAUAGGAGUACAGGAUGUGAUUUUUCAGUGGAAAGAAAAGUUUAGAUCCUCUUCUGCAUCUUGCUAUCAGGCUCCUCCAAUCCAGUAAGUGUGUGAGAUAAAUAAGUGUGUGAGAUAAAUAAAUAAAGUGUGUGAGUUUAUCUUUUUUUAAACCAAAUUUGUACAGAUUUUCAACAGCUUUGAAGAAAUACAUUUCCUAAAUAAUUUUAAACAAACUCAAGAUAUUAGCAUUCUGAAGAGGUCAGCUUUGUCUUUGACCUAUUAAGGGAAAAUGAUUUAUAUAUUGCUGUGUGCACUGGUACAGAAGUAUAUUGAACAAGACUAAUGGCCUGCUCAGUUCUCAAAGUUAGACGGAGGGAGCAUUUUGGAAUGCAAGGUUUCCAGUUAGCUAUGUGGGCCUCUAAAACAAAGAAGGGUUGUCACAUCUGGGUAGCAUUUGGCUCAUGAACAAAUGAUAAAGUUAUAGUUUUGAUAGAGUGAGGGGAAAGUAACUCAAAAGAUGACUAUUUUUUCUUGUUCUCUCUGGUGAACCCAAUGAGUAUAUUUCAAAACCAAAUCUAAAAUUCCAUUCAUUCUUCAAACCACAUUGACAGCUACAAAAUGAAAUACAAAAAAAAGUGUUAUUUUAAGGUACCUGCAUGUCUGUAGUAAUUUUUUUUUUCAGAAAGAUAACAAUAAGCAUUGUCUUAGGGACCUUGGAAAUGACCUGUACUGAACUACAUCUUUGCAUGGACAAAUGCAGACACUUUUCUUCAUUGCCUCUCUUUUUGGUAUAGACUUGUGCAAAAGAGGUAAUGAAAAUUUUGGGUAGAUUAAUGGACACACAGGAGUUUUCUUUUAAGGGGGCAAAAAAGAUUAAAAUAUGUCAGAAGGCAGUUUCUUUUUUAAAACAAAGUCUCACUAAGACAUUUUAAAAUUGCUUUUUACUUUUAACUAUGCCAAAUCCCCUACACCCAGAAUAAAAAAAUUGACAUGACUUUCAGAAUCAUAGUUGAAAUGAAUAUUUUAAAAAAUGAUCUAUUACUUGCGUUGUUUUAUUUCUCAUUUACUGUUAUCUUUUAAUUUAUUUCUUCAUCUCUUCUAUAUGAUAUUCAACAUCCAUGCCACUUGCAAGCCAUAUACCUGCAUUUCCAACAUUUCACAGUCCUAUAAUUUGUAAUAAUUUUUAUUCAUAAGGAAGCUUAUUCAUUUUACAGUUGUAUUUUACAAUCUUACAAGGUAUUUUAAUUUUUUUCAAAAUGAUUCAUUGUUGAAAAAAUAUUAUUCCUAACUCUGUAGGCAAGGCCCAUUGCUUGGUGUUCAUCAGUCAAUAGCAGAAAAUCACCAGAAAGCCCUUUCUGGGAGAUAACAAUGAGCAGAGUAUCUCAAUGAGAUGGGAAUGGCUUUCAGUUCACCUGCAAGAGAAGACAAAGGCCCCAGAGCUCCAUACUGAGUUGUGCCAGAGGUCAUUAGGAAUACUGAGCAUGUUAUUCAAAACUUUGAUUUUUAUGGUGCCAUUUGCAAAUUGAAUUGAAUAGCCAACAAUUAACAGAAGCAGUGUACAAAAUUAUUUAAAUUAAGAUAUCUAGACCCUGUGGAACAUAAAAUAAUGUAAAUGGAAUGCCACCUUCCAUCGGGAGUGGUGCCCUCUUCCCUAUGAAUUAAGCUAAUUAUGUUGCAUCAAGCACAGUUUGUCACACUUGUAAGGGAUCAAAGACAACAAACAGCGUGUGUGCGCUGCCAUUUUUAAAAAGUACCAUCCUAGACAGAGUGACGCACACCAGCGGAUGCUGUUUUUUUAAGGUACUUACAUUAGCGGUACCAGCCAGAUCCACAUUGCAUAAGUUUGAUGUAAUUUUGGAAGCUUCCAGAAUCUCACUUGACACAGGAGCCAUCAAUCUCUCAAUUCUUGAGUGAAGGUGAGUUUUUAUCUUGGGUGUCCAGUUGUACUUGGGAAUCCAAAUUGUGAGUGUUUUAAUGCUAAUUAUUUUUUGUAAAGUUUCUUUGCCAGUAACUUCCAAGGCUGUCAGAGGCAAAUCUAGUCUAAGGUUGCUGGAUCAGCAUUUAGGAGUCUUUACCAUUACCAUUAUGAGAUUGUGUUGAUACUGGAGAACAUCAUAGCCAUAGUUCACUAUUUGUGCAGCCUCACUUGUAGCAAAACUAGGAGCUGUAGGGAUGGCAGGACUCAGGCAUUUUUAAUACCUAGAGUAAACACCCAGGUCCUGUUUAUUACCACUUGCAUGACUGGCAUCAUCAGUAGACAAUUGCAAAGUUGUUAGUGGUGAAUCUGGGCAGUAGUAAAAAUCACUCUGUAGGCUGAAUCUGCUCAUCCACAGACAAGUAAGGGUUGUGUCAGGCUAGAGCCUAGAGAUGUUUGGGUGAUAAUUGUUGAAUUUUGUGGACAUGACUUAACAUUAGGCCAGCUCUGAUUGAAGUUGUUCAGCUUCCUCAUAACCUGUUAGUUUAGCUUUUACUGUCGAGUAUUCUGUGAAUGAUUAAAUAAAUUAUUCAGGUUUCCUGUGAAUGUAAGACAGACACUUCAGCCAACAGGAAUAAAAUAUAUGAGGGCGGACAAUAAUAGUAGAAAUAAAUCCUGUGCCAUUACUAGUCAUGCAGGAAUAAGGAGGAUUUUGAAAAUCUUACUGAUUAAAGCCAUUUCACAAGAUUGGACCUAAUUUAAAUACAAGGCAUACCCAAAAUAAUAAGAAUAAACAAAAGUGUCAUUAAUGAACCAUUUUUGAUUGAGAGAGAAGGAAUACAGGACAGAGCAGGACACAAGUCUGCACAAUGCUUAAUGGGUAUAAGAAUCAUCAGUGAAUACGAAUUAAGGGCUGUGACUGGGACAAAAAGUAAAUUUUUGCUAACUGGCUCUCAUUGAACAUUGAUUUAUUUUCCUGAUGCCACCCAGACACCAGGUCUUCACCUAAACCUGCUCCCAGAACAUCACUUUCUUAGAAGCCUUGAAGGUGUCUUUCAUCUUGACACUUGUGAAUACCUCUCCAAAGCUUGUUUCCUUUUUGAUGUGUUUUCCAAUAUUCUCUCAGUUCCAUGAUGCUUGGGGGGGGAAAGAGUUUACAUUUGAGAGAGUGAGAAUUGUGGUGUAGUGUACAGUAGGACUGUGCGAAGCUUAAGUCCCUGAUUCAAUUCAAGGGAGAUUCGGCCCAAUUCAGUGGCUGAAUCGCCAAAUCUGAAUUGAGUCAGGAGACCCUUUAAUCUCUCCAAAUUGAAUUGGAAACCUCCAAAUGUAUUCGGAGAGAUUCGGAUAUAAACACAGCUUUAAAUGUUUUUUCUGCAUACCACAAGGUACCAGGUGGCUCGUGAAUGCUGUGAUGGUGGGGCAGAUGGAGCAUCCCACAGGAGUGUAGAGAGCUCCCCAGCAUGCUCGGCAGCAGACCUGGAAGUGGAGCACAAGCACUUCUGGUCCACUUCUGGGUCUGCCAGGAAGCAUGCUAGGGAGUCCCCCUGCACUGCCACCUCCCCCCCCCCAGCUCUGCAACUGGUGCCUCCUGGGUCUGAGCAGGCACCCAGGGUCCCCCAGGCCAAUUGCUGAGCCAGGGGGUGCAGCCCCCCCACCCACCCACCCCACAUGCUUGGCAGAAGACCCGGAAGUGGACCGGAAGUACCCCUGUGGGAUGCUCCAUCUGCCCCAUCAUUGCAGCGUUCACGAGCUGCACCUGGUACCUCGAAGUAUGUAGAAAAAACAUUCAAAGCUGUGUCUAUGGUUGAAUUGCUGAUUCUCUGAAUCAGCAUUGAAUUUUCAGAUUUGGAUUUGGCAGAAUCAGAUUGGGGACAGUGAUCCAAAUCAACUAAUUGAAUUACUGUCCCCGAUUCGGCUGAAUCCAAUAUGGCCAGUUUCACACACCCGUACUGUAUAGUCUCAAGACUCUUAUCUUACAUCCAGUUAGUGAUAUUAUGUCACUCAGGAUUUAUGGCACUAGUCCAUGUAGGCUGGUUUGUACCCUCUGUCUUGUUUUUGGCUUUUGGAUAUAAUAAAAAUGUGAUGUGAACUCCA